AUGCCGUCCAAACGAGAUAGUGAUCGUAGCCAGUCACCCAGAAAGAGGACCAAGUACAAGGAAUCGGAAGGUCAUCGCUACGAUCGCAAGAUCCGCCGAGCUAAAACGAAAGCACGCUCAGAGCUGGAUCUGUUCCAAUGGUCGAAAUGGCGAUUCUGCAAGCAAGAUUACUGGAUCAACCCCUACGUUGACGUUACUCCUCGGAUCGACUACCGAUCGACCAGCAAGGAAGAGUUUAUUGCAAAGUACGAGGAACCCAACUUGCCAGUUGUUAUCACCCAUUUGACCGAUGAAUGGCCUGCACAAAAGUAUUGGACUGAAAAGUAUCUCAAGGAACGUUAUGGAUCACAUCUCUUCAAGAUUGGCGAGGAUGAUGAUGACAACAAUGUUUAUUUGAAGAUGAAGCAUUUCCUUCACUACAGCAACAAAGAGGGCCAAGAGGACGAUUCACCGCUUUACAUCUUUGACAGUGGAUUCUACAAAGACCGACGACGACGAUCUCGGAAAUCCAGCAGCAGCAGCAGCAGCAAAAAAUCGGAUCAACCCAACACGUUGCUUGAGGAUUAUACGGUGCCAAGUUAUUUCGAGGAUGAUCUAUUUCGUCUCACGGGUGAACGUCGUCGACCUCCUUAUCGAUGGCUAGUGAUUGGUGGCGGAAGAAGUGGUACUGGAAUUCAUACCGAUCCUUUGGGAACAUCAGCAUGGAAUGCAUUGCUUAAAGGGCAUAAGCGUUGGGCGCUUUUUCCACCUCAUACUCCCAAGCACAUUAUUGAUCCACCUAUGAAGCCAUACGAUCAUGAAGCCGUGUCUUGGUUCAGCACUGUCUUUCCAAAGUUUCAAGUACGAGAUGACCCUAAUGAUACUCGAACGUUGGGUGAACGAUUGGGUAUGGUUCAAGUAUUGCAGCGACCUGGAGAGACCAUCUUUGUACCAGGCGGUUGGGCACAUGUGGUUAUGAAUUUGGAUAUGACCAUUGCAGUAACUCAAAACUUUUGUUCGCCCACCAACGCCGAGUAUGUUUACCUCAACACACGUCAUAGUCGACCAAAGCUUGGUGCCAAGUUGUAUAACAAGAUCCAAGAAUUGGGAAAGCUUUACCCUGAUCAAUACGACAGUGUCGCAAAACGGUUGCAGACUUUACAAUACGUUCCUCGAAUUCCUCCAAGUAGCAGCUCUAGCAGUAGCAGCAGCAGCAGCUCAAGUAGCAGCAGCAGCUCCUCUUCUUCCAAUGUCAGCUCGACUGAAUCCGAGACCGAUCUCAGUGAUGGCACGUGCAUGUGUCAUAAAUGCAAGCGAAAACGAAAGCGAGAAGCCAUCCGACAUUAA